UUCUUAAACAAAACUCUCCGCUCAUAGUUAUUGGAUUUUCCUUUAAUACAUACUCUCUGUUUUUUCCCUUCUGCUGGUAACGUAAAGAAUGGCAGAUCCAGUGAUAGCAGAAUCUCCACGGCUAUACGUCGAUCUCAAGAAUCAAUCCUUUCCUAUUAUUUUUUCGUACCGAGAGCUGCUCAAACGCCGGAAUAGGGAGCAAGCAAGAGGUGUCCCAAUUGGCUCAACCAACGAAGAGGAUGAAUACUUUCAAAGUCUUUUAGCCCGUGCAGCGCAGUAUGACACCAAUGAAGGCGACGACAUAGAAGAUAAUGACACAGAGGACGAAAGCGCUGGAGCCGAUAAAACCAAACGCGUGUAUGAAGAUUACGAUUACGACGAUCCGUUUAUUGACGAUAGUGAAAUGCUUGUUGACGAGCCAGCACAAGCAAACCCGCUGCCUGAAUACGACGGUUUUUUUGUCUAUCAUGGUCAAUUGGAUGGGAACGAUCUCCCUGGAGCAAAAAAACAACAGCAGCAGGCAAAGGCGGCUGUCACAAAAAAGAAGACCACACAAGCUAAACCAAAAGAAAAAUCGACAAGCUCGAAAAAAGAUAAACCAACUCCCAAAAAACAAUCGUCAACAACAACGUCAACACAACAGCAACCAUCCCAAUUGACCUCAUCAAAGCCAUCCGACGCCAUAGUACCUAGCAUAUCUACAGGAACCGCAUCAUCAUCAUCGAAAGAACUGUCAACGACAACAACAACAACCGCAACCGCAUCCAAAGAACGAAAACCAUCGCCUACCCCAACCGUCAGCAAUGAUCCAGCUUCGAUAAUAACUGAAUCCGCCGCUCCAGUGCCUGUAUCAUCACGAGAAGACAUUUCUACUACCCCGGGUGGCGCUGCUGUAGUGCUAAAGAAGUCUGCUACACCCAGCAGAACAACAGAAACCGACAAAAAAACCAAAGCGAGCACGUCGUCAAAUGAAUUGCUUCCUUUGAGCCCUGAAAUCCAAACCAAGGUGGAUCGAUUGAGGAAACUUGCUGUGAGCGAGAGUUUCGAGAACAAAGCUAAAUUCCCACCAGCCUUACGGCCAAUAACGCUUGAUAUUGGUCGAAUCAUGUUUCGGGAAGAAAACGAACUGGACAGCAACGUCGUUGGUCACUUGAUGAAGAUCCUGCCGUAUAACCGGUUUACGCUCAAUAAAUUCUUGACUACAAAGUCAGGACCUGAGAGGAUUAAAGAGCUGAAUGAAGAAAACGAAUUGCUUAUAGCCGAGCUCAAAGCCAUGGUAGAUUCACAAUUCCCUGAACAACUGCAACAAUAUAAUGAGAAGCUCGCUGCAGCCACUGCUGCUGAUGCUGCUGCCAAUUUACUAGCACCACGACAAGAGGCGGAGGACACUCCUCACGCGGGUGGCUGUGUAGAAGAUGUGGUGGCGCAGAAAAAGUACAAGUUUAACGAUGAUGGAAGGAAGCUGCUACACAAGAUCCUCAACAAUGAUCAAGCUUCCAACUUGUUGUCCAAUGAAAUACUAAAAUAUCAACAAAAAGAAGAUGAGAUGGUAACCGAGGCAAGGGCAAGAAAACAGAUCUACUUGAAGCUGCUCCCAUACUUUCCACCGGGUUGGAUGACCACGAUUGAGAUGAGUCGACAGAACAGUCAAUACAAGGCAAAAAUUGACAAACAGAACAAUCGCCCCACACAUGCUUCGUCAGUCAAGAAAUAUGCGCCGCUCAAAGAGCAAAAAAGGCUAGUAAUAACAGAAACAAACACACGGUCCCCGGCACACGAUGUGUUACCUCAAAAGCGAGAGCGGGAGCCCUCUCUGGAGAGCAGUUCUCUCGCUAAACGACAAACGGUUGUGUUCGAUUCACCACCACGGAUGGACGGCAACAACGCAGUUUCUCCUGUAAACCAUGGCGCCGACCAAUCACCCUCCUCUGCAAUGCCAUGGGACCGCCCCGAGUCGAUGAUGAUCAAGUCUCUUAUUUCCGAUAACAAGUCAGGCUAAAACCUACGAAAGGAAAUGACAGUAUACCACAUGCAAGAAGAAGAGUUUGCAAAGACAUUAAUAAUCUAUAGCUUGAAUGCUAAAAACGAAUAAAUGCUAGUAAUUCUCUAUGUAACAGCGUUCGAUAAGAAGAGAUUUGUAAGCAUUCCCAGUAAAUCCACGAGUCAAGGACAAGGUACUACACAUAUCCUAAAUUCUAUACUUAUAUAAAGAAAUAAACACAAAGCUGGCAGCUGCUGGUGCUGGUGCUUCUGACUCUGAUGAUGGUACAGUAUCGCUGCUGUUCCUACAACACAGCUGUCACAGUCGAGAACAUGAGAAAAGGCAUACGUCUAUAAAUUCGCGCAACAUUGCGUACCUUUUGUGUACAU